AGGUGUCAGGUUUGUGGUUAUGUUUUCAAAAGUGUUCUGACAACUAUCGGUUUAUCAUAAUUAAUCUUGAAAUGAGUACUAAAGGCAAUUUUCAAAUUAAAGGCUUCCUACUUUCAUUAAAUUCAGAAAAGCGCCCAUUUUUACAUCGUAUUCGGAAUCAAUUAAAUGGUAUUCAUACUCAUUCAAAAUGAGAUGAUCAUUCUUUCAUUUGAACAAAAAUGUUUAAAUUACUGAUUUUUUUAAUUAUACUGCGGAUUCUAUGUGAUGCUGAGGAAAACCUAAUACUAUUAACUAAAAAACGCUCUUCUUUUCUCGACACUUACAGAAGUUAUGCAAGUUUGGCAAUUUUUCAAGUAGAUGUGCCUCCAAAAAUAACAUUUGUUUCUUUUAAAUUAUCUGCUGAACCCUUUGAUCUCUCCAUUUUUGGGUGUUCUCCUGAAAAAGUGUAUGUAUAUGCGAAGAAAGGUUCAAUUCCUUUAUUGAACCCUGAUAACUCGAGAAAUCCAAAAUGGGCCAGAAAUAUCACAAAGUCUGAACUUUAUGGAUUGGAAUUAUUGACUGAUAAAGAAUAUGGGUAUAUUAAUAUAUCUGCUCCAACUCCAGGAUUAUACUAUUUUGCUGCUUUUUUUCCUUAUGUGAACCCUGAUAAAGUUGCCAUAAAACAAAAAGGAUUAUCUCAGCAUUGCACUGCGUUCAUUAACAUUUUGGUCUACAUUGCUAAAGCAACGAAUUUGAGAUUACUUACAGAGAAUUAUAGUUAUCAUAUAGAAUCAAGAAAAAAUGCAAGAUACUAUUAUCAAUUUUCUGCUACCCCAAACAUGAAAGAAAUGAUUUUGAGAAUAAGAAAUAUGAAAGGAUUUGACCAUUCUACCAAUGUUACUCUUCGUUUGAGUUGUGACAGCUUGCCUUCAGAGGAUAAAUUUUUAGAAACAAAGACAAUAAAUUCAACUCGUAAUAAGAUAGAUAUACCUUACUGGUUAAAUAAAGAUGGACAAUACUUUUUGGAAUUCGAUUUCAGCAAAAAUAUUGAUGGGGAAACAUCACUUGAUUUCACUUUGGAUGCUAUCAGUAUAGAUUACACCUUCAAGAAACGAAAUUUACGUACAUUUUUGAGUAGUAAAUUAGAUCCAUCACACUACAAGAGUGCCAUAAUUGACUAUUAUGAAAAUCCUCACACAAGAUCAGUCGACUCCUACACAUCAUACGAAUUAAUCAAGGAAUCUGGUUCUGAAGCAUUUUUGUACACAUAUAACAUAAACCACGAAGAGGAGAAAGAAUUUAUGGUUCCUAUUCCUCUGAAUUUAACAAGUGGAGAUUUUUCAGUUUUGAAAUUUAAAAUUGAGGACAUAAUUGAUAUAGGGGGUACCUUCGAAUUCAGUAUAGAUUUCAGAACUCAAUCUAACAAAGCAGGUCAUGUUAUUUUUUCCGAAGAAGCUGUUGAUCAAAUUAUUAUAGGAUGUAUUAGUCAAGAUAUGUAUCAAAUACCGACCCUACCUCGUUUUUGUGAAUACAAUGGAGUAAAGACUGUAGCUCCAGUUGUUAUUAAUAAUACUGUUGACAAUUCAACUGUUUUAAUACCAUUUCCAGAGUCUGGAAUAUGGUAUGCAACUAUUAAACUAUUCUGCAAGCCCUGUAGGAAUUGCCCAUGUUAUAAAAAGUGUAGCGAAAAACUGAGAACUUGUAUUUCAAAGUGUAGCUGUGAUACUAUAUUUUCUUGCAAUGCAUGUUCAAGGAGCUGUAAAGCAAGACUGCAGAAGCAAGUUGAUUGCAGGAAUUGUAAUUGUGAUGACAAUUGUGCAAAUACUCAAGCAUCUUGCACUAGUUCUAUUAUGUUCGAUCUGAGUUCUUUUCCAUGUAUCAUGGGGAGAUGUGGACCAAAUGGACGAUGUCAAUACGUCUUAGUUGAUGGUUAUAUUUUUUCUGCUUGUCAAUGCAGGAAUAAAUAUAGAGGAAUGGAUUGCACAGAUGACUCAGAUGCUACUCCGUUUUGGAAAGUAGUACUUGGGCAAUUUUUGCUCAUUUCUAGUAACGCCAUUAUGCUGCCAUGCGUUUAUUUAGCCUUCAAAAGGAAAUAUUAUCCGGAAGGAGUGAUGUAUCUGUUUGUAUUUAUAUUUUCCUCAUUUUAUCAUGCUUGUGAUGUCGGGGACGAUGCCAUUCAGUUUUGUAUUACAUCCCAUUCAAGUCUCCAGUUUGCAGACUUUUUUAACGCACUUCUUUCAAUUUGGGCUACAAUGCUUGUAAUAUCAGAUCUUAAGCCAAAGCAUAGGGCCAUCCUUCAUGUGCUGGCCGCUAUUAUAUUGGCUUAUUGUACUGUUAUUGAUAAAACAGGUGUUUGGAUAUUUUUACUGAUCACAAUCCCUGGUGUAGCCAUAAUAGGAAUAUGCUGGUACUUCAAAUUUAGGAAAUCUGGUAGAAAUUUCAUUAGAAAAAAAUAUCUGAAAUUUUAUUUUUCUAGCGGCGUCAUUGUUAUGCUUAUAGGAGUAAUGAUUUUUGCAUUUUUCCAAACUAGUGGAAAUUAUAUGUAUUUACAUAGUCUUUGGCAUUGUAUUGUUGGUAUCACAGUGAUUAUAAUACUGCCACGUCCUGAUACAUUCCUUCCUUUAGAACAUCCCCGAUUAGAGGAACAUUCAUGAGUACCGAAAUUAAUUAGGAGUAGAUUUUAUACAAUUGUUGAAUUGUUAUUCGUAAACACUGUUUUGAUGAUGGAGACGAGUAUAAUGUUACUGAAGCAGAAAGAACAAAAUCAAUUUUCAUUAGCUUAAUUCAUUCUUUUUACUUUGGUGAGAACAAAUUGAUUUGUUGCUUACAUUUUUCUUUAUCCUUAACUUUGUAGAAAUAAGUCUAAUGAUUUCAGACAAGCACUACGUUAAUAUGCAGAGUGUUUGGUGAAUUGAGAAUAUUUUCAUUCGAUCACAUCUUGACUUUCUUAGUGUGACAGAAAAAAAUGCAGUUUGUUGAUAACUGAAUUUUAUGUGUUCAAAAUUCAUAUAUAAGUAUAUAUUUUGUUAUUAUAAUUUGAUAUUUUAUCAUGUAAUCAACUCGAACAAUUUUUUGUGGUAACCAAACUUUUUGUUAUAUCAUAUAUUUUAUGAAGUAUAAAUUUUUUUCAGAAUAAUAAAGGAGAAUUUAAAAGA